AUGAACACAAUUAUCUGCAAACGAGUGCCAUUGAUCGCAUCGGCGAAGACAUGGCUGGCGGCGCUCACAGUCGCUGCUCGCGAUGUGGUCAGUAGCCACCAGACAUUUGUUCACCGGCCUGCAAUGCACUCUAUAUUCUGGUUUAAGUUCUGUAAAGGCUACUGUAUGCUCUACCGUUUGGGAGGGAUAUAUAUCGGUGUGCGUAAGGGCUGGAACUCCUGGAACACGUCAUCGCUGGUAGGCGUGGAGCGGACGGCCGCGAGUCAGACCACCAUCGAAGACGUCUUCAUCAGGAAAUUCAUUUUCGGCACUUUUCACCGCCUCUUCCUCUCAGAGAUCAUCAUUAAAAGGCGCGCAAACCUUAUCGUUGUCGCCGGUAUUGUCCAUCAGUCCAUCGCUCAGACGAAGAUCUACUUUCUGGUCGGAUAUACGGAACAGAUAUUGUCUUAUAUUCUGAAGUGUGUCGUAAAGAUGGACAUUCAGACCACUCACGACCCCAAAGCGCUGAUCGUUAAACAUAUUUAG